CAGACGUCGCCCUCGGAGAGAGGAGAAGCGGAAGCCAAGUGGAGGAAAGCGGUACAUCCACGGGAGUCGGUGCAACUGCGGCUCAGGAAGCGAACCUCAGACCUCAGACCCCGCAGGGAGGCAGGGCCGGGGGAACUCGGACAAAAUGGCGCAGCCGCACGGCGCAGGGUGGGCGACUCGGGCCGGCGCGCGCCGGGCCGUCCGGGUGCGUUUCCGGCGGACCAUCGACGUCGGAAACGGACUCCGGCGCGCCCCGGGGAGGGAGUGGGCGGGGCCGCUCUCCCGGAAGUGCGGCCGCCCUGAGAGGAGAAGCGGUUGCCGCAGACAUCUCCGUCCUUGGUCCCGCAGAAGAAAGAGAGUUCGGCUGUCCCGCCGGCGGCAAAGGUGUCGUUCCCUGGUCCCCAAAAGGAGGGGUGAGAUGGACGGGCCCCUGACUCCCCGGGAGUCCGCCAAGUUCAUCGCUGAAAACAGUCGGGACGUGUCCAUCGACGGCGGGGGCGUGCGGAGGGUGGCCGAGCUGCUGCUCGCCAAGGCCGCGGGGCCCGAGCUGCGCCUGGGCGGCUGGAAGGCCCUCCACGAGCUGAACCCCAGGGCCGCCGACGAGGCCGCGGUCAACUGGGUGUUCGUGGCCGACACGCUCAACUUCUCCUUCUGGUCGGAGCGUGAGGAGCGCAAGUGCCUGGUGGGCUUCGGGGGCAGGACGUACAGCGGGUACUGGUCCCUGUGCGCCGCCAUCAACAGAGCCCUGGACGAAGGGAUACCAAUAACUAGUGCAUCGUACUAUGCCACAGUGUCCCUGGAUCAAGUUCGGCAUAUACUUCGAUCUGACACGGAUGUUCCCAUGCCUUUGAUAGAAGAGAGGCAUCGAAUUCUCAAUGAAACCGGGAAAAUCUUGCUUGAGAAAUUCGAAGGCUCUUUUCUUAAUUGUGUCCGAAAAAGUGAAAAAAGUGCACAGAAGUUAAUGCAUCUGGUAGUUGAAAACUUUCCUUCUUACAGAGAUGUGACUGAGUUUGAGGGGAAAAGAAUUUCUUUUUACAAACGGGCCCAAAUCCUUGUGGCAGAUACGUGGAGUGUGUUGGAGGGAGAAGGGGACGGCUGCUUUAAGGACAUCUCCAGUAUUACCAUGUUUGCUGACUAUAGAUUGCCUCAGGUGCUUGUUCACCUGGGAGCCCUGAAGUACUCGGAAGAACUCCUGGAGAAGCUUCUCAAAGUUAAUAUCCUACACAUCCACAAAGGCUUAGCUCCAGUGUUACCUCUUCCACAUAGCUUUUCCUGACUCUUCAUGAUUUGUCCAUCUCCUUCUCUUGAAUUUUUAUAGCAUCCAACUGUCUCUGCUACUGUGA